AUAAAAACUCAGAAUACAAUAGCGAUUCUGGGGAUGAUUUGCCAAAUCUAACAAGAGAUAAGCAACGAGUGCGAAAAUAUAAAUAUCUUAACCACCCUGAUUGCCCUAGAAAAGAAUGCCUUUAUGCCUCGGAAAAUGUUCAACCCGAAGGAUGGCAUAAUUCGAUACCUGAAAACCAGCGUACAUUUCAUGAAGUUAUUCGGACUGGGCAAUCACAAAAAAUCAAGAUUGAUGUGGAUGGUGAAUUAGAAAAGUUUGCAUCAUAUCCUGAUCCUUUAGAUAGAAUAGAAAUAUCUCUUGGACAGAAAUCGUUUGAUGGUUUCAUCGCUAAUACCUAUCUUCAUUUAUGGCAGAAGUCAACUGAAGUUACACGUAAAAAAGACAAGAUUUAUUUAUACAUUAAAAAUGCUAUCCGAAUUGCUAUAAAAGAAAUAACUGGAUUAGUUCUUUCAAAAGAUGAUUUUCUUGUAGCCGAUUCCUCAAAUGAGUCCAAGUGGAGUAAACAUUUGAUAUUACCUAGAUAUUUCGUUCGUGGUGCAUCCAAAGCUCGAAAAUUUACAUCGCGAAUCUUAGAACUUCUUCCAAAAAGAAUGCAUCCUUUUAUUGAUGAAAAAGUAAACAAAGAUCUCCAUUGCUUUCGACUAGCAGGAAGUCAUAAAGCCAAAGACUCUUCACGCAUUAAGUGCAUACGUUCAAAUCAUACUUGGAGAGAGUCACUUAUCACUUAUAUUGAGAAAGAUUCCAUAGAACUCUGGCCAUAUGAAUGGGAAGAAGAAGAGAAAAAACCGAAAAAUGAGUCUGUUUCACGUGAGGAGAGUGAUACUGCGAUAAAAAUAGUAGAAGAACAAUUUCCUUUUCUGACUUAUCGAAAUUCUAAUAAUGGCUUCGAUAUUUUUGAUAGAAUUCUGCCUACCACAUGUUCGAUCUGUGAAAAAGAGCACACAAGAGAAGGUAUGUAUGGUAGAUGGCAUGGAUCAUAUUAUUUUCUUUAUUGUUUUAGGCAAAAAAAGGGUGAAUCUGGUAUCGAAAUUGUUAGAACAGAUUAUAAAAAGAAAAAGGAUAUUCCACGUUUAGAUAGAUUAAGAUCUCGGCUUCAGCGUGUAUCACAAUCUCUUCCUCAAAAUAACUUUUCGGCCAUUAGAAAAAACAUUGAAAUAUAUGAUGCUAAGACAAUGCAUAGCUAUAAUUUACAAGCUAAACUUACAAGUGGUAACCGGCACCUGAUGCUUAUUAAAGGACAUUGUGGUAUUGGCAAAUCAAAUGAGACGGCAGAGGAAAUAAAAACACUUUGUCAUUCUGAUGGUUCUUCCGUUUCAAUUCUCAUCAUUUCUGGCCAGCGUAGUCUAGCCCAUGGUCAAAAAGAACUCUUUGAAGGGUUUAAGUCUUAUCUCGAUCUAGAUAUGAAAAAACUUAAUCCUAAAGAUACUCCGAAACUCAUUAUCAGUCCUGAAAGCAUUCACAAACUUGGGGCAACCGGCUAUGAUAUGAUUAUAUUGGAUGAGUUUGAAACAAUCACUCAAAAUUUUAGUGGACCUACCAUGAAAAAACCAAAGUUAAGUCAUGACGUAUAUAAAUCCUUGCUUCAAUCUGCAUUAUUGAUAUUGGCUUUAGAUGCUACAUUAGAUACAGACUCGCUUGUACAUUUGCAAACCAUUUCAAAAAUAGAUGUUGAAAAUUCAACCGUGAUAUGGAAUCAGCAUAUACGGGAUAAGCGUCAUGCUCUUAUACAUAUUAAUACCAAAAAAUGGAAUGUUGAAUUAAUUGGAGCUAUGAGGCAGGGAAUGAAAGUCUAUAUUCCAAUGUUUGCUAGUGCAGAAAUGGCAGAGGCUCUUCAUAAGGAAUUAAAAUCUCAAGGAUAUCAAGGUAAGUGUUUUUCCAAACGAUUGUCAGAAACUGAGAAAAGAGAUAUAUUUGCCGAUAUCAAUGGGGCAGUAGCAAAUCUUGACUAUUUGAUAGCAACUCCUGUAAUGACUUGUGGAGUAAGUAUAACAAUCGAAAACUUCGAUAUGACAUUUGCACAUUUCCGUACAUUAGCUGGUCUAACAAGCAAUGAAGCGUAUCAGAUGUUGCAUCGCGUUCGAAAGCUAAAUCAAAAUGUAGUACAUAUUCUAACGGAUUUACGUAGCGAUAAUUUGCCAACAGACCGUGAGGAUUUACUUCGUUUUAUCAGCUAUCGAUGUAAUAUCGCAGAGUAUCCUGAUCUAGAAGAGGCUCAUUGUGAUAAGAUACUUACUCCGGAUGGCAGGUGGAUUUUUAAGCCAAAUGCUUCUUUGGAAACUCAUCUUUAUAACGCAUCUCGUCGCAAUGCAUCUAGAAAUGAUUUUGUUAGUUUACUGACUGAUCGUCUUAGCGAAUGUGGUUAUAAUAUUAAUAUUGCCGAAGAUUGUCCUCCUAUUGAUUCAAAAAUCACAGAAAAUAAUGAAGGCAAAGAACUGCUUUCAAAUGUACGUUCAAUCAAAAAGGUUCUGGAUACAGAAAAGUAUUCAAUGAUUGCUAAUGCACCAGUUUUGAGUGAUAUCGAAGCUUUGGGUAUUCGAGAAUGCUUAGAAAGAGAAGAGGAUAUAAACCCAGCCUGUAGACUUGCUUUACAGAAAUAUAAUCUCGCAUCUUUUUAUAAAAAGACACUUGAAGAUAUAACAGAAGAUUUUGUAGAAAAAUAUUCCCAAAAAGAGAUGCGAAAUGCAUAUAGUGCAUUAGUUCAAGCUAUGAAUCCUCUCAAUGACUUGCGUUCAAAUCAUCAAUUUAUGGUUAUUGGAGACUCACGAGAGAAGGCUUCUUGCGAUUCAUUAUUGCCAAAAGUUAUUGCUUUAGAGGAGAUUUUACGAGGGAUAGGUUUUUCUUCGGGUAUUCAUACAUCUUAUAUUUUAUCACGUCAAGAUUUUGAUACUAAUUUACUGAGCUUUCUACCAAUCUAUAAGAAAAAUGAGCGUCGUUACUAUGCAAUAUUUGGCAAAAAAUGGAGACAGCAUGCUAACUAUAAUUUAAAGUAUUUUAUGGAAUUUCUUUUCAAACCACUAAAGGAAUUUAAAGAUCUAAAAAAAAUUCUCCCCAAUUCUUGUUCAAGUGAUAACACAAUCAUGGAUUUUCCAAAAUCAGAUCUCAAUCCUUCUCAAGAUAUCGUCGAUAAUACUAUUG